AUGAAGAUAGCUUGCUGGCUACUGUCAGGUUUUUACCUGUUCUUCUGCUGCAGGGCUGAAGAGGGACUGGACUUCCCCACCUACGAUGGGAAGGAUCGGGUGUUUGACCUGAAUGAGAAGAACUACAAGCAGGCCCUGAAGAAGUAUGACGUGCUCUGCCUGCUCUUCCAUGAGCCUGUGGGCUCUGAUAAAGUCUCUCAGAAGCAGUUCCAGAUGACAGAAAUGGUACUGGAGCUGGCUGCCCAGGUCCUAGAAACUAAAGGUUUCGGCUUCGGGUUUGUGGAUUCCAAGAAAGAUGCAAAAGUUGCCAAAAAGCUGGGCUUGGAUGAAGAAGGAAGCCUCUAUAUCUUCAAGGAGGAGCGUAUGAUUGAAUUUGACGGGGAACUGGCUGCAGAUGUCUUGGUUGAAUUCCUCCUGGACUUGCUGGAGGACCCAGUGGAAAUCAUCAACAGCAAGCUGGAGCUACAGGCCUUCGACCGCAUUGAGGACGAGAUCAAACUCAUUGGCUACUUCAAAGGAGAAGACUCUGAACAUUACAAGGCAUUUGAAGAGGCAGCGGAACACUUCCAACCAUCCAUCAAAUUCUUUGCCACCUUUGACAAAGGGGUUGCAAAGAAACUAGCUCUGAAGCUGAAUGAGGUGGAUUUCUAUGAGCCAUUCAUGGAUGAGCCAGUUCAUGUCCCCGACAAGCCUUACACGGAAGAGGAGCUGGUUGAGUUUGUGAAGGAGCACAAAAGAGCCACCCUGAGGAAGCUGCGCCCAGAAGACAUGUUUGAGACCUGGGAGGAUGACCUGGAUGGAAUUCACAUUGUGGCCUUCGCCGAAGAAGACGACCCGGAUGGCUUUGAGUUCCUGGAGACUCUGAAGCAAGUCGCCAAGGAGAACACCAACAAUCCUGACCUAAGCAUUGUGUGGAUCGAUCCUGAUGACUUUCCUCUGCUCAUCACCUAUUGGGAGAAGAUCUUCAAGAUUGACCUAUUCAAGCCACAGAUCGGGGUGGUAAAUGUCACAGAUGCAGACAGUAUUUGGAUGGAAAUCAAGGAUGAUGAUGACCUGCCCACAGCUGAGGAGCUGGAAGACUGGAUAGAGGAUGUGCUCUCUGGGAAGAUAAAUACGGAAGAUGAUGACGAUGAUGACAAUGAUGAUGACGACGAUGAUGAUGAUGAUGAUGACGAUGACGACGACGACGACGACGACGAUGACGAUUAG